CUCUGCCCCCAAGAGGCUGCCGACCCCUCGAUUCCUGGGCUCCUCUAGCUUUACCAUGAACCUGGCGCACGCUUGGCGUUAGGAGAAAUUUCUGAAGCCGGAGGGGGAGUCAAGGAAAUUCUUUGGUUGCUAAGUGUGAGUGAAGACACCCAGGAUGGCUCAGGGAUCCGGGGAUCAGAGAGCACUGGGGAUCGCGGACCCAGAGGAGAGUUCUCCAAAUAUGAUAGUCUACCGCAAAAUUGAAGACAUCAUUACAAAGAUGCAAGAUGACAAGACAGGGGGUGUGCCCGUCAGAACAGUGAAGAGCUUUCUCUCCAAAAUCCCCAGUGUUGUCACAGGUACGGACAUUGUACAGUGGCUUAUGAAGAACCUUUCCAUCGAGGACCCAGUUGAAGCAAUACACUUGGGAAGCCUUAUAGCUGCCCAGGGCUACGUCUUUCCCAUCUCGGACCAUGUUCUUACCAUGAAGGAUGAUGGCACCUUUUAUCGUUUCCAGGCCCCAUACUUCUGGCCUUCAAAUUGCUGGGAACCUGAAAACACGGACUAUGCCAUCUACCUCUGUAAGAGGACAAUGCAGAAUAAAGCAAGGCUGGAACUGGCAGAUUAUGAAGCAGAAAACUUAGCAAGACUCCAGAGGGCCUUUGCAAGGAAGUGGGAAUUCAUCUUUAUGCAAGCAGAAGCACAAGUCAAGAUUGAUCGGAAAAAGGAUAAAACAGAAAGGAAAAUUUUGGAUAGUCAAGAACGAGCCUUUUGGGAUGUCCACAGGCCAGUGCCAGGCUGUGUGAACACAACAGAAAUGGAUAUCAGAAAAUGUCGACGUUUGAAGAACCCACAAAAGGUUAAAAAGUCUGUAUAUGGUGUGACUGAAGAGUCCCAGUCGCAAAGCCCAGUGCACAUCCCCAGUCAGCCAAUCAGGAAAACUACAAAAGAAGACAUCCGGAAACAAAUAACAUUUUUGAAUGCACAGAUUGACAGACAUUGUUUAAAAAUGUCCAAAGUGGCUGAAAGCUUAAUUGCUUACACGGAACAGUACGUGGAAUAUGACCCUUUGAUCACACCAGCUGAGCCGUCCAAUCCCUGGAUCAGUGAUGAUAUCGCUUUAUGGGACAUAGAGAUGAGCAAAGAGCCCAGCCAGCAGCGAGUGAAGAGAUGGGGCUUCUCUUUCGAUGAGAUCUUGAAGGACCAGGUGGGGCGGGACCAGUUUCUACGAUUCCUGGAGUCGGAAUUCAGUUCAGAAAACCUCAGGUUCUGGUUGGCAGUCCAGGAUCUCAAGAAACAGCCCCUCCAGGAUGUGGCCAGGAGGGUGGAAGAAAUCUGGCAAGAGUUUCUGGCUCCCGGGGCCCCAAGCGCAAUCAACCUGGAUUCUCACAGCUAUGAGAUAACCAGUCAGAACGUCAAGGAUGGAGGGAGAUACACAUUCGAAGAUGCCCAGGAGCACAUCUACAAGCUGAUGAAGAGUGACAGCUACGCCCGCUUCCUCCGGUCCAAUGCUUACCAGGACUUGCUGCUGGCCAGGAAGAAGCCAGAAAGUGAGCAAGGUCGUAGAACUUCCUUAGAAAAGUUCACUCGCAGUGUGCGGACAUGUAGCCAAGCCCAGUAAACAAGACGAGCCCUCACAUCCCACUUGGAAAUGAACAUGAGGAAUUGCCGGCCCUUGCAACCUCACGCUGCCAAACGCUGCAGCACAUGCUGACGGGCGAGCGUGUGCUACCCUCGCAGAUGGCGCUGGUGUCGCUGACCCACUGUCAAUAAUAAGAUGAGUUCUGAGUGCUUUCUCAGACACAACAAUCCAUUUGCUUAGGUCCAGCCAUACUCUCGUCUAGACCCCUCUCUAAUGCUAUGGAUUUCAGUGGAGAGUGAGCAGGGGAUGGGUUCAGACUAUGGCCGGGAAACAAGCAGGGGACUGAGCCUUGCUCGUUGUCCUCCUGGUGUCCAGCCCCACAUCAGAGGCUCCUCAGCUGCCUCCUUCUGGGCAUGUGGACAACUGGCCUCUCACAGGGGGCCUCUAUGCCCCAUGUACAGUAAGUCUUUUUUUUUUUUUUUUCUUCCCAAAAGAACAAGAACAGCUAUGUAGUUUGUAAGUGAAGGGCUGGUAAGACUUCCUGAACUGGAGUCAUCAAAGUCAGCCUCUGAGUAACAUAGAUGGAGACCAACAUGGAGAGCGUUGCCCUGUGUCCUGUAGCCCAGGCCCCAAACCUUGGCGGAUACCCCCAGACCUUCCCAGUCCCAGAACUGGUCAUCAAGAGGCCCCAAGAAGAGGGAAUUCCUUGGGGAUCCAGGGAUUAGGACUCCGUGGUUCCACUGAGGCAAGGUGGUGGGGGGGGGGGGGUGGCUGGAUUCAAUCCCUGGUCAGGGAACUAAGAUCCUACAAACUGCAUAGUGCAGCCAAAAUAAGUAAAAAAUUAAGUUUCGAUUAAAAAAAAAAAAAAAAGGAUCAGGGGCUUUCCUAGGGUCUGGUAGCUAAGCGUCCAUGCUCCCAAUGCAGGGGUCCCAGGUUCAAUCCCUGGUUAGGGAACUAUUAAUAGAUUCCACAUACUGCAACCAAGACCCAGCACAGCCGAAUGAAAAAUAAAUUUAAAAAAAAUUUUAAAGAAGGGAUCCAAGGAGAGCUCAAUCCUGCAUUUCAAAUAGAAUUCCUUCUUUCUUCUUCAGACUAGUUAAUUCAUUAGUUCCAAGUCACCCAGAUCCUUAGCCAUCGUCUGCUUGGGUCAAUCUGACCCCUGAGUCUUACUAGUCCCCCGGCCAACCUUUCCUUCCUCACUUGGAUUAAAUCAAGUUCAGAGGCAGCUCACAGGCAUUAAGAGAUACUCCAAGGGUUGAAAUCCCUGGCUGGGGAAAGUAAAAUCCCCACACACUCAGAAGAGGACCGACAGCACACCCUCACCCUCUAACCUGGCCCCUGAGUGCUGGUUGUCCAACUGUCUGUGGUUAAGGCUCCCAAACCUGGAGAUCAGAGGGGUUGGUGAGCUAAGUGGUUUCACCUCCGUGGCUCAUGCAACAAUUAACCCACGUGUCUGGCUCUCUGUGUCUGUCCUGUGCGUGCGUGUGUGCGUGCGUGCGUGCCUGUGGUGCCCUCUGUCGCUGUCUCCGCAGGGAAAGUCACUGGCGGGCAAGCGCCUCACCGGCCUGAUGCAGUCCUCCUGACGGUCCCCGCCGCAGGGCCCGGGCCCGAGGACCACGCGGGCAGCCGGCGGCGCUCCACGUCCGCGGACAGAGCAUCCCUGCGGGGAGAUUUGG